AUGGCAGAUAAUAAGCCUCAUAUUAUAGUCUUCCCUUUCCCUGCACAAGGUCAUAUAAAUCCAGCACUGGAAUUCUCCAAGCGCCUAGCCUCAAAUGGACUAAAAGUGACCAUUAUUUUAACCUCUAUGGUAAGCAAAUCUGCACGAUUUCUGUCGAACACCACAAUCGAAGUUGAAACUAUCUCCGAUGGUACGGAAGAAGUUAAAGAACAAGAGAGUGUAGAAGGCUUCUUCAAGCGGUUCAAAGAAAAAGCUUCACAGAACUUGGCCAAGUUCAUUCAGGAACAAAGAGAAACUUGCCCGGCUAAAGUUCUGGUGUACGACUCGACCAUGCCAUGGGCUUUGGAUGUAGCACACCAGGAAGGCCUACUUGGAGCUUCAUUUUUCACACAGGCUAGUGAGAAUGCCAUUUUUAGGCAACUAACUAAUCAAUUCUCAAAUCUCGAGGAAGCAGAUUGGAUCUUUAUCAACACUUUCGACAAGCUGGAAAAUGAGGUACUUAACUGGAUGACAAGCCGGUGGCCAUUUAAGACUGUUGGACCAAUUUUUUCAUUAACAUACCCAGGAAAGGAACUUGCCAACAAAAAUACUUAUAAGAUUGAUCUAUUUGAACCAAAUUAUGAAGAAAGCAUGAAAUGGCUAGAUUCAAGAGAAACUGGUUCUGUUGUUUAUGUCUCAUUUGGAAGUGUGGCCAGCCUCGAAGAAGAACAAAUGGAAGAACUAUCACAUGGCCUAAUGAUGAGCAAUUGCUAUUUCUUAUGGGUAGUUCGAGCUUCAGAAGAGAAUAAACUUCCAAAAAACUUCAUUUCAAUGGUAUCCGAAAAAGGUCUAGUGGUGAAUUGGUGUCCCCAAACUGAAGUCUUGUCACAUCGGGCCGUUGCUUGCUUUAUGACACACUGUGGUUGGAACUCUACACUCGAAGCAUUGAGUUCAGGGGUUCCUUUUAUAGCCAUGGGACAGUGGGUAGACCAAACGACUAAUGCGAAACUUAUUGAGGAUGAAUUUAAAGUAGGGGUACGUGUUAAACCCGAUGAAAAGGGGUUGGUUAGUAGAGAAGAAAUUGGAAUGUGUAUAAAAGAAGUUAUUCAAGGAGAAAAAGGGAGGAAGCUCAAAGAAAGUGCCGAUAAGUGGAAGGAAUUGGCUAAAGAGGCUGGAGAUAAAGGUGGAAGUUCUGCUACGAACGUCGAAGAUUUUAUUUCGGAACUUUUGACUUUGUAA